AUGACAUUGAAGAAUCAGACUGGAACCUUACCGGGUCACUUGAUACGAUACCGAACACGAGCCCGCGGUGCUACGCAGAAUAUUGUGCUGGGUGUCGAAAAGGUUAAGCUUUUUCACUCUAGCGCGGGGUUGAAGAGAUGAACCUUACCCCCUCUCGAUGGCAUUGAUAUGGUACAGACCCUACGCGCGUCUAAGCAUUCUUAUUUGCAGGUAAGCCGUUAGUUAAAAAAUCUCUGAGUAGUACUUGCUCGAGAUAUGUGCUCUUUAAUCCUCUCAGAUCUCACGGGCUGGUAACUGCCUGACUUUGCAAAACUAUUCACGACUCGCUGGCGGUCGGAAUCGAACCACCAUGAAUACAAUUGUCUCAUCAGCGGCCUUGAAGGCUUUGGCGGCAGGCUGUUUACUGGCGGCUAUUUACUCCAUUUACUCUUUAUACAGAGCUCGCAGCUUCUUUAGGUCACUUCAGCGUCAAGGAUUGCCAAUGCCUCCUCAUGACCCAGUCUGGGGCCAUCUCAAACUGGUCGGAAAGAUUCUCAAAGAUUUGCCGCCUGAUAUCAUGCCAUCCGCAGCACUUGCUCACGAAAUACGUUUGCGAUAUCCGCAUCUUGACCAGGCCUUCUACUUAGACCAGUGGCCCUUCUUCAAACCCAUGUUGGUCGUCCUGUCACCAGAUGGAGCUCGGCAAGUGACACAAAGCCAAUCUCUCCCGAAAGAGCCAGGCCAGCAAGAGUUCCUGAAGCCACUCACAGGUGGCUACGACCUGGACACGAUGGAAGGGGAGGAAUGGAAAUUUUGGCACAAUAUCUUCAGCCCUGGCUUCCGAGUCACGAAUGUCGCAGCGCUGGUGCCGAGUUUCGUCGAGAUGGCUGGUAUUUUCUGUGAUCGUCUGCGCCAGUGUGCGAGGAAGAACGAGGUGGUUUCUCUGAGCCCGAUGGCUCUCAAUCUUACCAUGGACUUCUCAAGCAAGGCCAUCAUGGGCCACGACAUGCAUUGUCAGACAGGCUUCAACGGAUUUGCUGCCGCGAUGACCUCGCAACUAAGUUGGUUGCAUUAUCGCGGUACUUCACCGCUGAGAGAUUUGAACUUCAUCAGGCCUCUAGUCCAGCGCUACAACACUUGGCUGAUGGAUUCGUACAUCAAAAAAGUGUUACAGGAGAAUUCGGAAGCUGCCAAGAGCGGACAAACCAAAUUGAUCUCGAUACUGGAUACUGCCAACAAACCACAAGACCAAGGCCAUCUCCGGAUAUUUCCUGAUGUCAUUCGGUCACAGAUCAAAUUCAUGAUGCUUGCAGGCUACGACACAACUGGUUCAUCGAUUGUUUUCCUGACCAACCUUUUGUCGCAACAUCCGGAAGUACGGGCACGCGUUCGAGCUGAGCAUGACUACGUUUUCGGGUCUGAUGUGAGGGCAACAGCGGGGCUCAUAGCCUCUCAGCCGAAGCUUCUCAACCAGCUUCCAUACACGAAUGCUGUCAUCAAGGAGUCCUUGCGAAUCUACCCACCUGGAGCUACUCAAAGAUUGGGCAAUCGCAAUUUCAAUGUUUCCAUUCAGGAUUCUUCUGGAAGUAUGGUGCCUGCUACCGGCGAAAUUCCAGCAAUGACUCUGAGAUUCCUGCCGACUGAAAAGUGCAACGUCUAUGUCAGUCACUAUGCAAUUCAUCAUAAUCCACGGUACUGGUUCCGUCCCAGCGAGUUUCUGCCAGACCGUUGGUUGGUAAAGGGCAAAGAUGAUCCUCUACGACCUCCGGCGAAUGGCUGGCGUCCCUUCGAGAGAGGGCCUAGGAGUUGUGUGGGGCAAGAAAUGGCUUUGACCGAGAUCAAGAUGAUGUGUGCCUUGACUGCGAGGGAAUUCGAUUUCAAGCCAGCCUACGAAGAGGCUGGACACAUCGCAAAGUAUCACGGGGAUCCUGUGUAUUUGGUGAGCCGUGGAGGGGCAGCCAACCCGAGUGGGUUCUAUCCGUGCCGAGUGAGCUACGCAAAGAGAACAUGAUGUUUGCAAAGCGCGACAGCCAAAUUCGACUUUUUGUACAUUGUCUCCUUCUGGACGGGGUGGAAAUAUAGCAUGACUUUCAGGAUUAGUGUAGGGUAAUUCGCUCACCGUAUCCAUCAUAUAGGUAAUGAGCAUUGUAGGGUCAAGCUAGAACAGAAUUCUCAAC